AUGGCCAAUCUGGGGUUGAUUUACUACAUGUUCGUCCUGGGUUUACAAGUGGAUUUCAAGCCAAUAUUCCACGCUAGAAAAAAAGUUUUGAGCAUUGCCGCUGCUGGCUCGUACGUACGGUCCUAUAUUCUGGGCAUCAUUCUUGCCUCCACCAACUUCGGGGAACUCGCCGGAGUACUUGCACACGUGAAGCUCCUUCACUCUGACGUUGGACGAACGGCCUUGUCUGUAAGUGUUAUCAGCGAUCUCAUCUGUUGGAUUCUUCUUGUGGGCACAGUGGCCUCAACAAGUGACGGUUAUCAAGUUUAUACGGUCUUAUCCACCUCCGCAUUAAUAAUAUUUUUAGUUUUUGUGGUUCGUCCUACCUUGUCAUGGAUGUUUUCUAACACCAACAACGCUUCUAACGACAACAGUACUUCAUUCUACGACAUGGAUCCCCAAAUAAGCUUCAUUCUAGCCGGGGUUUUAUUUUUUGGGUACUUAAGUGAUGCAUGCGGGGCACACUCCAUUCUCGGGGCUUUCACAAUGGGAGCCAUAGUGCCAAAGGGAGAGCUCAAAAACGCAAUUAUACAGAAGGUUGACGACUUUGUGUCAAACAUUAUGAUGUCCCUCUUCUUUUUAGUGCUUGGGAUGAGAACGCAUGUCCAAGAAAUCAUCCUUGACAAAAAAGACAUACUAUUUGUCUUGCCAGUUAUUGUUUUGGCUUCGCUUGCUAAACUUGUUGUAACCUUCGUCGCUGCUAUCAUUAACAAAAUGCCAAUGCGCGACAGUUUCGCCCUCGGACUUGUCAUGAACACCAAAGGCGUACUCUCACUAAUAAUCCUCAAUUCUGGCAGGGACUUAAAGGUUUUGGACCACCACACAUUUUCAGUCAUGAUGGCUGCAGUUUUUGUAAUGACUGCUGCGGUUGGACCCAUUUUGAACCUGAUCUACAAGCGCAAUGGGACAUCUAAGCAGUACAAGCAUAGAAGCAUAAGAAGCAUUCAACCAAACUCGGAGUUUCGAGUCCUUACUUGCAUCCAUUCGACAAGCAAUGUUUCCGGCGUCAUCAACCUCUUGGAGGCUUCAAAUCCCACGAAGCAAUCCCCAAUUUCUGUAUUUGCCGUCCACCUGGUGGAGCUAAGAAGUCAUGCUUCGGCCAUGCUCAUAGUGCACGACACAUGCAACUUGAAUAGGACAACCAGUGCGAGCAGUACGACUAAAAAUCAAAAUCACGCAAAUCAUGCGCACUUUUCGACAUCGUCUAACAACAUUGUUGCUGCCUUUGAAAAAUUUGAGAGUGAGAGUGAAGAAGGCAGCGUGUCUGUCGAGGCACUAACGACGGUGUCUUCUUACAGCACUAUACACGAGGACAUUUGCAACCUUGCCGAGGAAAAACAGGCAGACCUUAUAAUUGUUCCUUUUCAUAAGCAAUCCACCAUUGACGGAGGAAUGGACAGUGGAAACGCUAGUGUUAGAGACGUCAACAGGAACCUUUUAGAGAAUGUACCCUGUUCUGUGGCUGUCUUUGUGGAUCGUGGCCUUGGCGAUUUAUCUGAAACUAAAAAUGGAAUUAACGGUCAAGGGCACCGUCACCACCGCUGUUCCAUGCUUUUUAUUGGCGGCCCAGACGACCGCGAGGCAUUGGCUUAUGCGUGGAGGCUGGCUAGCAAUCCUAUUCCAAACCCUAAUAUCAGGUUAACUAUUGUACGAUUCAUUGUCGGUAAGGAUGCAACAGUUGGUUCCGAUCUCCUUCUCAGUAACGAUAAGAAUAACGGUGACCAUCACGAGGAAGAAGACAAUAAGAUUUUGCAGGACGUAAAGGGAAACGAGAAAGAGAAGCAAUUGGAUGACCAAUGUAUAGAGGGCUUUAUGCUCAAUGCUAAGAAUCAUCCUUACAUAAAACUAAUUACGGAGGUAGUGAACAAUGGAGAGGAAACUCUCCAACUAUUAAGCGACAUGGCAAGUGACUAUGAUCUUUAUAUUGUGGGAAGAGGGCAAGGAGUUUCCUCACCACUCAUCACUUUUGGGCUAUCUGAGUGGGGUGACUGUCCAGAGCUAGGACCUUUGGGAGAUACGUUGGUGUCGUCUAGAUUUGUUGCCAAUGCGUCGAUUAUCAUUGUGCAUCGAGGUGCUUCUCUUGUGGAUGAAUCCACUGAUCAACAUCUUACCCAGCAGUCUAUGCAUGCAUGACACGGCAUUUUCUAAAAUAUAUAGUGCAUCAAAUUGCUUUAUCUCGAGUCUUUGUAAACCCUAAAAGUCGUUGAGUUGGUGAUAUGAAGAUGAUGGUUUCGACUUUCGAGUGUGUGUAUAUAUAGCAUAAAGGAAGUUUUAAUGCAAAGUACUUCAGACAAUUAAUAAUAAGGAAAAAAAUAAUGGAACGUAACAAAUUAUUAAGUUGAAUUUUGGGGACACAAUGAUAGUAUAGUUAUUAAGUUAAAGUUUCUUUAUAAUCAAAAAUUUAUGAAGAAAUAGUUUUCGGUGCCACCAAACUUCAAUGUAUUUACAAUACUGCCAAUAUUUCUUGUCCUUGUGAUUAAAGAAAGUUUUUUUUUUUUUUUUUUAGCAAUAAUGUGGUUCAAAUUCGCCUUUGACGACUUACAAUACUAAGUGACAUUAAAGAAAGUUUCUCACACCCCAAACCGGGGGACAUGAAAUACUAUAACUUUUUAUAUCUAUGGAUGCAUCCAACUUCUCCUCACUGUCUAAGAGUUUGAAUCAUACACACAACAUCCCCUACUAAACAUGUCUAACAAGAAUGGUGAUUUUAUUCCAGCAAAUCACCCUCUAAUCUUACAAAUACACAAGUGUAGUAUAAUCUUGAAAUUUACUUGUGUGUUUGUUUUAUGCCAUGGCAAAACUCCCUCCUUCUGCGAU